GCCAGACAUGAAUUAUAUGAACGGAUCGAGAACACCCACGAUCCGUUCUAUUAAAGUCCUGAAAGAGGCUAGUUCAUUCCAUCCUGUUACACGCUCCCUCCCCUCCCACCGCCAGCUCCACCUUAAUGGCCUCCUCCCUAGUCCCCCUACCACCCAUGUUCAUCGGCCUCACCGCGUUCCUCCUUGUUACUGCCCCCCACCUCCUAGCCCAGGCCAAGACCCCGGUCGCCCCCGGCCCGACCGCCGGCCCUCUCAACGUCACCGCCAUCCUGGAGAAGGGCGGGCAGUACACCACCCUCCUGCGCCUCCUCAAGGAGACCCAAGUAGGGGAGCAGGUCCAAAGCCAGCUCAACAACUCCUACGAUGGCCUCACCAUCUUCGCCCCCACCGAUAACGCCUUCAGCAGCCUCAAGUCCGGCACCCUCAACGGCCUCAACCCCCAGGAACAGGUCUCUUUGGUCUUGUACCAUGUCCUGCCGAGGUUCUACAGCUUGACGACCUUCCAAACUACGAGCAACCCGGUGCGCACCCAGGCGUCCGGCAACAAUGGAGUCUACAUGAUCAAUGUGACGACCAGCAGCAACCAGGUGAACGUGUCGACCGGGGUGGACGACGCACCGAUCAACGACGACCUCUACUCCGACUUCCCGCUGGCGGUCUACUCCAUCGACAAGGUCCUGCUGCCUUAUGAUCUCUUUGGGCCGAAGCCUCCGGCGCCGGCGCCGGCUCCGACGAAGGUCCCGAAGAAGCCCAAGAAGGCUCCAGCAACCGCCUCGGGGCCUACGUCGGAGGCAGAGACCACCCCGUCAACGGCUAGUUUGAAGGGGAGGAGUGUGGGGUGGGGUUUUGUUGUGGGGUUUGGGUUGAUGAGCAUUGGGAGUCUUCUUUAGAGUGCAUUGGAUGGGACUGUAAUAGCUAGGUGCUUCAUUUGGUUGUCUGGUGUUUGCCAUUGGGCUUGCAUGCAUUCAUCUCUUUCUUUUCUGGUUUUUUCUUUUUCUUUCUCUUUUUUCUCUUUCAUGUUCUUUUGAACUUUUUUUCAAUUCCCUUUUGUUUCUUAAGCAAUUAAUUGAUAUUUGAUACUUUCUCCUU